GAGGUGGGGCAGGGGCAGAGAAGGGAAGAAGAGCGAGUACGGUGAAAUGUGCUUCGCGGCGGCCCCUUGGAAGCUGGUGAUAGCGGCGCGCAUCGCUUAAAGCAGGUCGCGAAUUCUCGAUGCCGCUGGCGGCUACCGCCGGUCUACACUGCUGUGAAACUCGCUUCGCGUCGUCCCGUCUUGACGUCGCGUAAAAGUCAACGGAUUCAUCCGAAGAACAUUCAUUCUGUCGAGAGAUAGACUUUUAUUCUCUCUCUCUCUCUCUCUCUCUCUCUCUCUCUCUUUUUCUCACUGUCUGUCUGUCUUUUUCUGUCUCACUUUUUUUUUACUGUCAAUCAAUCUGUUUGUAUUUGUCUGUCUGCCUGUCUAUCUGUCUAUCUGUCUAUUUCUCUCUCUCUCUCUCUCUCUCUCUCUCUCUCUUUCUCUCGCUCGCUUGCUCACUCUCGUACACUCUCUCUUUGAUUCUCGUGUGCAUACAUUCGGGCAAUGAUACGCGCAUGCUCCUCGUAUGACGAGGGUCGCAUUGAUGAAACGCAAGAGGAUGGGAUAUUCUUCGUUUAAUUAAAAAGUGUGUUCGAAUAGCGCGGCGUGUCCCGGCACCGGUUCACGACUACUAUGUGCUACGUUGACCUCGUUGUUUUGACACUAUUAUCUUCGUGCGAAAAGUCAUAAGGCGAGGAGAAAGAAAAGAAAGGAAGGGAGGAAGGUCAAGAAGAAAGAGAAAAAAGAAGAAGAGGAGGAAGAAGAAGAAGAAAAAGAAGAAGAGGAGAAGGAGGAAGAAGAAAAAGAGGAAGAGGAGAGUCAAAGAGCGUAAGGGAGAGUCAAAGAGACUCGUACGCGAAGGAGGAUGACGCACUGCUGCCACACCGCCCUUUCUUCUUUAGCCGUCGUCUCCGUCAUCGUCUCCGUCGGCUUCAUUGCCACCGGUAUCGUCGUCAUCGCCAUCAUCGCCUCCGCGUUCAAACCGUGGACUCGUGCUUAAAGACGUGCGUGAGUGAGUGCGUCGUACGUCGUACGUAGUGCAUGCGUGCAUGCGUGCGUGCGUGCGUGCGUGCGUGCUCGCUCGCUUUCAGUCACGAAUAAUAAUAAUAACAAUAAUAACAAUAAUAAUAGUAAGAGGAAGAAGAAGAAGAAGAAGAAGAGGAAGAAGAAGAAGAGAAGAAGAAGAAGAGGAAGAAGAAGAAGAAGAAGAAACAGAAGAAGAAGAAGAGAAGAAGAAGAGAACGAAGAAGGUGACGAAGAGAAACGCAGUGUCCGGCCGGCCCCGUACAUAUUACGAUCGAUGCGCCGAGCGGAGGCGCGCACGCGCGCGCUCCGAUAAAUCAUACAAACUAUUGCGCGAGAAGGAGAGAACGGUAUCGGUGCCUCGGUGAUCAAACCGACAGAGACCCGAAUAUCGUCGUCUUAGUUUUGCAAUCGGGUUGUCGUUUCUUUUUUCUCUCUCCUUUUUGUCCCUCCUCCCCACUUUUUUCUCCUUUCUUUUUUUCUUUCUUUAAAAGAAGAAAAAAUAAAAAAAAAGAAAAAGGGAGAACUCUUAAGGAUUCGGAGGGAACUCACUGGCCGCCGGCAGCCGGCCGGCUGCGCUCUAAAGAGCGCUGGAAUUCCGCUCGAAAGGAAUCCGAAGGCGGAGACUUUUGACGUCACUUGGCUCAUGAUAAUGAAGUAUUCAUGAUGGCGGAGUAGCAAGGAAUAUAUACAUAGUGCACGUGCGCGUUCGGUCCUCGUGUUUUUCUCUCUCUCUCUCUCACUCACUCACUCACUCUCUCCCUAUCUAUCUGUCUAUCUAUCUUUCUCUUAUUUUCUGUGUUGGUGUGAGUGCCUCCGAUCGUCCUCAUCGCCAUACGACGUCGUCGUUCUCCUCGUCGCAGACCGAGCGCGUAUCGCCGUCUACGUCGCGCUUCGCCGACGAGCAACGAGUCGCUCUUCCCCCACUUCGAGUGCUCGUACUCGCGGCGAACUACCGAGUGGCCGUACCCCCCACUCCACAUUUCGUUUUCGUUGUUGCCGCCGUCGCCGCAGCCGUCGCUGCCGUUGCCGCUGUCGCUGCUGCUGUCGCUGCUGCCGUCGCGUCGCAUCGCGUCGCAUCGCGUCGUCGCCGUCGUCGUUGCUGUCGUCGUCGUCGUCGUCGUCGUCGUCGUCGCGCGACCGGCCGCUUGCGGCUCCCCCCCCCUUCGACAGUUUGCUCUUUCCCCACCCUAGCUCGUCAUCUACCACCCUACCACCCUACUACGCUACACCCUCUCCGUCUCCCUCUCUUCCACCCCCUUCCCUCUCUCUCUACUUCCCUCCCUCCCAAUCCCUCUCUCUCGUUCUAUCUCUCUCUCUUUCUUUCUCUCCGCGUCGCGCCGUCGUCGCAGCGGCGUAUAUGUGUGCGCGCGCCUCUUUCGAGCGUGUGCUCGCGCGCGCACGGAGAUAUGCGCCCGUCGACCGCCGCCGCUCGGUGAUAGAGAGUUUUGGAUGGAUUUAGAGCGCAGUGAAAUAUGCCAAGGAGACGGAAUGGGGAGAUACCGCUACCGGAAGGGUGGGACGUCGCGCAGGAUUUCGACGGGAAGGUUUACUUCAUCGAUCACAACACAAGGAAGACUACGUGGAUCGAUCCUAGGGACAGAUUUACAAAGCCGCAAACAUUCGCCGAUUGUAUCGGAAACGAGCUCCCUCUUGGCUGGGAAGAGGCCUAUGACAAACACGUGGGUGCUUACUACAUCAAUCAUGUCAAUCAAACAACUCAACUCGAGGAUCCGCGGCAGGAAUGGCGGGCAAUACAAGAGGCCAUGCUACGGGAAUACCUUCAAACAGCGCAGGACGUUCUCGAGGCAAAGAAGGAGAUUUACGACGUGAAGCAACAGAGGCUGUGUCUGGCUCAAGAUGAGUACAAUCACCUCAACAACGCUCUAACGACGCUUGGUGCAUCGCGUACCAGCUUAUGUUCCAGCUCGAGUUCGUUGAGCACCAAGUACGAUCCAGAUCUACUGAAAUCCGAUGUCGCGCUCGCGAGGAGCCGAGUGUCCCGGCUUAAACGAGAACUCGAACAAAUUCGAGCGGAGAUGAACUGCACGCAACGAGGAGUCGACACACUUGCUAGCGUUGAACAAAAGUUGAGCGGUCAUCAUGGAGGUUGUUACAAUAUUACGGAAGCUCAGGCGAUCAUGACAGAGCUACGUAAUAUUCAAAAGUCUUUGAGUUCCGGUGAAAAAGAAAAGGCCGAAUUGAUGCAAUCAUUGGCACAAUUAAAAGACGAGUUAACGAGGCUGCAACUCUGUGAGGGUAGCCCGGAGGCUAGUACUCUGAGUUUACCACAGGAAAAGCUCAGUACCGCCUCUCAAACAGAUCUUUCCGGCGAAUUGGUGCCAAUUGGUACGAGGCUUGCCGAAAUGGCAAGAAUGAGGCUACAGUACGACGAGGCGAGGAAGAGGAUACAACAUAUUCAACAGCAGCUGGCCGAUCUUGAAGAGAAAGUGACUCCUGGUCAGACAGAAAGCGACAAGGACAAGUUGCUACUCUUUCAGGAGAAGGAACAGUUGCUGAGAGAGUUACGUAGUAUAACUCCAAGGACGAGGACUCAACAGGACAUGAAAAAGAUACAGUGCGAGAUACGACGUCUCGAACAAGAUCUUAAUAACGCCCUAGAAUUGUCAAACAAAACGAUCACGGACAGGGUGAGAUUGCAUGAAGAAAAACAAAUGUUGCUUCAACAGCUGAGAGACGCUUUGCGUUCGAUGGCGAUGUUGGAGGGACAAUUAAAGAGUCUCAGUGCUAGUACGCUAUCCGUGAGCAGUAGUUCGAGUCUCGGUAGCCUUAGUACGACGAGUAGUAAAGGAUCUCUCAGUUCUGGACUUAGUUUCACCGAUAUUUACGGUGGACCACAGUGCUUGGGAUCCGUCAGCUCGCAACAAGAUCGACCAGUUGAUAUGGUUGAUUUACAUAGGCGUGUCGAACGAUUACUGAGAGGCUCGGAACAGAACAAUCACGUUAGUACACCUUCUCCGGGUAGAUCUCAACCCAGUCUUUCGCCACGGUCGAGUCUUUCGAGCGUUAGUCCACCGGUUUCGCCCCUUUACGAAAAUGCUCCUAUGGGUCCACCGCCUGCAUACGAGCAAGUGGAACUACAGAGGAGACAACAGAGGUCAGUUUUAUCAUCGAGUGUUCCUUCCUGUGCUCAUUUGGAUGGUAGUCAACUCGAGGAUAGAUUGGCCGAACUCAGGCUAAGUCAGCAACAAAGCACGUCUCAAGAGCAGGCUGCUCUUCCUCCUCAUGAUCGCCUCAAACUCGUCGUUGGUCCCCAUCCUCCCGUCGAAUUACAAUCAGGCAACAUGUCCCAAGGUAGCGGCCUAGGUAGGCCUGCUGCAACCCUUCCUGGAUGUACCAUGCAAUUACAAGAACCACCACCUUUAUCGCCUAUCAGCGAGACACCACCACCUACGGGUAUACGUUCUAGGGCUAGUAGUUCUGGCACGAAUACCAGAUCCGUUUCUGCUGCUGUUUCCGACGAAAGCGUUGCCGGUGAUUCAGGUGUCUUCGAGGCAUCGAAUCGUCGAAGGCUUUCUGGAUUAAUCGGAGAUGUCGAUCCUCUUAUAUCUGGUGAAAUGAGUUUAGAAACGGCCCAAGUACAGAUUAAACUUAGGUACUCAAUGAGCGAUGGCCUCCUUCAUAUUGGCAUCGAACGUGCACGAAAUCUGGCUGCCCUUUUUAUACCGAACAAUGCACAAGUAUAUAUAAAGGCGGCGUUAUUGCCAAUGCAACCACCUGUUAAUCAAAUGUGUUGUACAAAAGCAGUGACGGAUCUUCGAAAGCCAACAUUCGGCGAAACUUUUCCGGUCGCUGUUCCUUUGAACAAGCUCUAUACAAAGACGCUGCAGGUAAAUGUUUGGUGCAGCGGCAACGAGUUUGAGGAGUGCUUGGGGUCCGCCCAAGUCUCGCUUGCAGACUUCAGUCCAGAGUCGCCGAGCGUAAAAUGGUACAACAUACUUUCCUUUCGCUUCAUGCAACCGUCCGAUAGUCCUAGUACCAGUACUGGUAAUAGUGCUUCAACUAGUAUAGCGAAACAGGCUAAGCACGACAAACAGGAGUCAGAUAUUUCGGUUUAUCGUGGAACACAAAAUACCAAGGAAGAAAGUAGCGACGAAAGUACUAUCAUUAGUUCUCAAACGUCGACGUUGACGAGAAAUCAAGGUUGCGAUGAACUCCAAACCGCUGUAUCUUUGAGGCUAGAAGAACUAGCAAAUUGUUUGGGUAGCCCGGAGGAAGAAGACGAGGACGGUGGUACUGACAGUGGCAGCGAAGACAGCGAAGAAGAAGGUAUCAUCGUGGAAUUCAUGAUGGAAGAUAACGUUCUGGAAGAUGUUUUAGAGCAUGAGGAGGAAGAAGAGCUUAACGAAGAAACAAGACGGACUCAGGAUAAAGAGACCAACACAGAAUGUAUUUUUAUUCCGGAACAAGGCAAACAGAGAAAACUUUCGGCAGCUGGCAUGGUACCGGGUGCUAUUCACGAUGAUAAGAAUUCUAUCGUGAUAAAGAGAAGUCAAACAUUUUCACCGAGUGCUGCUGUCAGCAAGAAUCAUUACAUCUGUCGUCUCAAUCGAAGCGAUAGCGACAGUAGCAUGCCACUCUAUCGUAGAGGUGGACCCUUUCAACGAAAUUCUGUAGAAAGGCGUUCAUUACGUUGGAGGCGACCAUCGUCGGCUUUAAGUUGUAAAACAACCUCAAAGAAGUCCAGUCACUUGCCUCCAACCGCCAGGACCUCAUUAGAUCUCGAGUUAGAUCUUCAAGCGCAACACGCCAGGCUGAACAAUCUUCAGGACGAACUUAGUAGGUUGCGAGAAUUAAAACAACGUUUGGAACAAGCACGCGAGAAGGGUGAUACGGAUCUGGCUAGUUGGUUAUUGGAAGAUCACAAGUUCCAAAAUCUAAUGGCACAAGCUGAAAAUGGUAGGAACGGAAAGAGUGCGGAAGAUAAGAAGGUAGAGAAGAUGUUGAAGAAAACGUCGAAGGAAAUAUAUAAGUUGAGAAAGACAAAGGCCGGGAAAGGGAAGCCCGACAUUAUAUCUUUUAAAGAAAAAAUGGCAUUCUUUACACGUGUUAAUGUGAACGUUCCUGCUCUCCCACCAGACGAUUUACAUCCAGAAAGUUCAAUGAUGUCCACAGAUACGUGCUCGAUAUUGCACAGGAGAUACAUGUCCGAACCAGUAAGCAGUGAAAGUGUCUCAGACAUGUCCAUGCGAUUGAACAUUGGUAACACAAUCGCUAUGAGAAGCAGUGCUAGUGCCAUGGGUAACGAUACUAGUGCCGGUGUCGUAGGUUUGACAGAGGAUCGUUUGGCAAACGGUGGCACCACGAACAAAAGCGUCAAUUCGAAAGGGCGGCCGAGCGAUCAUAGCUCGCGUGCCACGGAGAAUGGUCAGAAAGAAGACUCGAAAGGCUCCGAGGAUAAUGGCAACGGGGAGCCAAAGAGAUAUGAGUAUGUUGUUGAUAGGGUUCUCGGCGUCGAAGUUUAACGUUCAGCCAUCUUUUUAUUUUUUUUUCUUCUUCUUUAUUUGUACCUUGAUCUUAAAAUGUGUUCACUGUCCAAUGAUCACGAUGAGAUUAUCAUUAUACAUAUUAAUAAUUCACGUUAUUUUUCUCACAAAUUGUGAUCCAAGGUAUGUUAACCAUUUCUAGCCCUUAAAUGGAUAGUGAACGCGUUAAGUAUCGAUAGGACGAAUUUUCUAUUAGUCUCGAUUUGGCCAGCGCCAAUGCGUUAACAUUUAAAACAUCGUUAUGCGAACGUUAAUGCGUAAAAGCGACGAUGGCGAGAAUUUUUAGGGAAAGUUGAUAUUCUGUUUUUUUUUUUGCGUUCAAUCGAUCUUAGGUGCCAUGCGAGAGAAUAGUUUGUAAAGGGUCAUAAAAAGGUAAUUUUAUUUAUUUUUUUAUUAUCUUAUUUUUCUUUUUGUUUUGUUUUUCUUUUUCUACUCACAUAUCUCGUUACCGUCGCUUAAAACUUUGACCCGAUUGCCGGCGCUCAUCAACGUUUUCUUUUUGUUUUGUUUUUUUUUGUUUUUUUUUUUUUUUGUUUUCACACGGGCCGAUUUGCGGAGUAGAAGGAAUGUGUUUAACUUAGAAAAAGCGUUCUGUGUGUAUAUAUAUAUAUGCGAGACAAUUAUAAGUUAUUUAAACGACGAGAUUCGCCGAUAUAAAUCUAUAAUUUAAUUUGUUAAAUUGAUUCGCGUUUUUUUCGCGUUCUUUCUUUCUUUCUUUCUUUCUUUCUUUCUUUCUUUUUUUUCCUUCUUCUUCUUCUUCUUCUCCUUCUUCUCUCUUUCUCUAUUUUUUUUUGUUUCUUUUUUAUUUCUUUUUGGCUGUUAUUCCGUUCGUUUUCUCUGCGAAUCAGAGCACACGACCCACCGAGCGCAGCUGGUCUGCGAUUUGAAAAAAAAAAAAAGUUAGUAAUUAAAAAUAAAAAUGAAAUUGAAAGAUUAUGCCCUGGUUGGCUGAACUUCGCUUUGACUCUCGGCACUGCCAUUUUCGUAACGUUGUUGUAUUUGUUUUUAUUAAAGCGGUUAUUUCAGAGUCUCGAUAGAAAGACUCAACGACAAAAAGUGCCUUUUAAAAUAAACGUACGCACCGCUCAAAAUGUAUAAUUUAUUUUUUUUCUUUUUUAUCGUUUACCACUGACCGUUCUCCAACAAAAAAAAAAAAAAUAAAAAAAAGAAAAAAAAACAAAAA